AUGGAUACUGAGGAGAACCAGGAAGACUCAAAUGAAGAUGUAGGUGAGGAAUGUGAUGAAGAUGAUGAAUAUACUAGUGAUGACGAGGCAGCCAGUUCUGAUGCGAAUGAAGAUAUUAAAGAUCCAGCUGAUGGAGAAGAUGCAGCUUACUCUGACGGGGAAGAUUAUAGUGUCUACAGUAAAGUGAAAGAUGAAGAUGAUGAUGAAGAUGAAGUCUGUAUUGAUAAUGUCAGAAACGGUUCUGGUGAAACAGGAAGAACGCCCAUGUCAUGGUCUGACAAUAUAUAUGUUAGAGAAAGUUUCCCUACCAAGGAGAAGCUGUUAUCACACUACAAGAAAACAAUCCUGGUCGAUUCUGACGGUUCGACCCCGUCUACCUCGGCGACCGGAUCAGCCAUCCCGGAGUCCUCGGGAACACAACGGACGGUUUCCCAACUGGUCGUUGUACCGCAGCCGGCACCGCCUCCACCACCACCAGCCGAACCAGCGGCUCUCGCACCGGCCGAUCCUGAAGCUGAUCCGAUCCCGCCUGUACCGUAUGCCUAG